AUGUCAGAUGACGAUGAUUGUUUGGUAACUUUUGAGAUUGCUACGUCACUUGACGUAAAAGACAAUACAGCCACAACUUGUGAACUUGAACAAGUCUCAGAGAUUCUGAUGAACAGACCAAAUACAGUUAGUGAAAGAAUAAGAAAUGUUGCUACAGAGGCAUUAGCAAAGUAUAAUGGCAAAUUGGGUCAAACCUAUGAUUGGGAUGAGAUAUCAAAACACAAUACAAAGACUGACUUUUGGACGGUUGUAGGUGCAUACGUAUACGACUUGACUGCCUAUCUCAACUAUCAUCCUGGUGGAUUCAACCUAUUGUUUAGAAUAGGUGGUCAAAAUGGUACAAACGACUUUGAAGCAAUGUUUCACAGUAAGAAUGCUCGUCUCAUUCUUGAAUGUUUUUGUAUUGGUAGAUUAAAAGGUGGUGCGACCUCUUCUUCUUCAUCAAAGUUACAACAACCACAAUCAUCAAUGGCUGCACCAUCACUACUUUCACCCUCUUAUAGAGCUCCUCCUCCUCCAUCAUCCCUUCCACCAAAGUUGGUACCUUCUUCAUCGACGUCUUCAUCAACUCUGUCAAUAUCAUCUACAACAACUUCUUUAAUUUCAACAUUAAAUAUUAAAGAUACAAAUAUUAACAAUCAUCAAAAAUCGUCGACGAUUUCAACAUCAAUUUCAUUUAAAAUGUUUGAAGGAAAGAUUAUAUCAAAAGAAAUGGCAUCUAGUGAUUCAUUCCAUUUGCAAGUUGAAAUACCAACUGAAAAGACAUUCAACCAAGCACAUCAUUGGGUUCAUCCACUUACUCAUGUUUCAGUUGCCAACAAUAACAAUGAAUUUAACAGUUAUACUCCUAUCAAUGCAUCUGUUAUUGGAAACAAAACUCAUCUUUACUUUUUAAUCAAAAGUUAUACCAAUGGUAAUAUAUCAAGAUAUUUAUCAACUAAAACAAUUGGAGAUACUCUAAGAUUAAGAGGACCCAUUAAAACACACCAAGAAUUUAAAUUGGAUAAUUAUUCACAUCCCUAUCUAGUUUGUAUUGCUGGUGGUACAGGCAUUACACCAAUCAUUCAAAUGUUGAAUGUAUUAUUCCCACUUGAAGAAAAAGAAAAAGAAAAAGAAGAAAAAGUAGAAAUAGAAACCAAUCAAUCUCUAUUUGAUUCUCCUCCUCCUCCUAUCUCUAUUUCUACAACAUCUUCCUCUUCUUCUUCUUCUUCUUCGACUACAAUUUCACUUCAACCAAAACCACAUUUAAUAUUAAUCUAUUCAAAUUCCAAAUCAUCUGAUAUAUUGUAUAAAAAAGAAUUGGAAACUAUUCAACAAAAAUAUCAUACUCAUUUCACAUUAUAUCAUGUCAUAACAAAAGAAGAAGAAGAAGAAGAAAAUAAUAAUAAUAUUAAUAUUAAUAAUAAUAAUAAUAAUAAUCAAGAUACAACUACUAAUAAUAAUAAUAAUAGAAUUAAAACAUUUUAUGGACAAAGACUUGGAUUUGAGUUAUUACGUAAAUGUUAUAUGAAUCAUGAAUCGCUGACCUUGGAAAAUAACAGUGUAGUAUUAUGUGGACCAUUGGCAUUUAACCAAUCACUAAGUGACCAAUUAUCAACCAUUGGUUAUGAAAAGAAUAAAUUAAUUAUUUUGGAAUAA